AUGUUGCCCAUCAACUUCUGUGUUCUCGACCUCGGAACAAUGCUUACGGAGUACGCUAAUCCUGAUUUGUGGGCACAUCCGCUCAGCCACACAACCAGGCACCCGGUUCUCCUAUCCAACGUUCCUGUAGGUCCCAACUCCCUUCACUUUUCGGGCUUCUCAUUCACAUCUACAGCGUUGUUGACCAUGAUUUCCGUCAGACUUUUGCCAAUUCUAGCAUUGACUUGCACCACCUGUGCCUCCACUUACCAUGGCUACACCAGCGAGUAUAGCUUCGAUGCCAAUCUGUCUCACCAGCCUGACUGGAUGGCGCGCGUCUCCGACGCCGUCAAGAUAACCACCCUGAGCAUCCCCGGCACCCACGACACCAUGACAUAUUCCAUCAGGAGCAGGGAGCUGCAGUGCCAGAACUGGAAUCUGACGGUGCAGAUGGAGGCCGGCCUGCGCUACUUUGACAUUCGCGCCAGGGUCAAGGAGAACCGCCUGCACAUUUACCACGGGAAGGAAGACACGGGCUACUCAUUCAAGCAGGUCCUGCUGCAGAUGUUCGAAUUUCUCGACAAACAUCCGUCGGAAAUGAUUGUCAUGCGCCUCAAGGAAGAAGGAGGUCCCGUCGGCCGCAACUCAUAUUCUUUCGAACGUGCCUUCAACUACGCACGCCUCCACGACAAAGCCACCAGUCAAGGCGCCGAAAAACACUUCGCCUUGUACACCGACGACAAGAGCAGCAGCAAACCUAUCCCCAACCUCGGCCAAUUGCGUUGCAAAAUCUUUCUUCUCCAGGAUUUCAAAUGCGCAAAGGGGAAGACGUACGGGCUGACCUGGGACGGGCCGCAAAUGGUGCUCGAGGACAAAUUUGCUAUCCACGGCGAACGUCGACUGGCCAUCAAGUGGACUGCUGUCGCACUAGCGUUGCAGAGAGCCAACCAGGAUCCCUUGGAUGAUGAGCGCCUUUACGUGACGCAUAAUUCGGCUGCCAUUGGAGUGUUGCCGAUCCAGGCGGCUGCUGGCGUCUUGGACAAGGUGCAGGUCGGGAUGAAUCAGAGGACUGGCAAAUGGCUGGACGCAAAUGUGAACGACGAGCGUUCGAGGAGGACUGGUAUCGUGGUGUUUGAUUUUCCGGGGAAAAAGCCGAUCGAAAGCGUGCUGGCGUGGAAUAAGCAUGUUGAAGCGAAGCCGCAUUGUUGA